GCUGGCGGGCACAGCUGCGGCGGCGCGCCCGGGCCGGCACCGGCACCGGCACCGCCCGCGGGACCCGGCGCUGCCUCCCGCCGUGGGGCUCCGCCGGCCCGGGCUGCAAUCUAUACCCUACCCCCUCUUCUGUCCCCUCCGCCGCCCCCCCACCCCGCCCCGGGGCCAAUAAAAUGAUGCAAAGCUCCGCGCUCGCUGCUGAAGGGGCUGUCAAGGGGCUUCCCGAGAUCCUCGGUGUGCCGGUGCAACAGAUCCCCCAGUGUGCUGGCUGCAACCAGCACAUCCUGGACAAGUUCAUCCUCAAGGUCCUGGACCGGCACUGGCACAGCUCCUGCCUCAAGUGUGCCGACUGCCAGAUGCAGCUGGCCGACCGUUGCUUCUCCCGGGCCGGCAGCGUCUACUGCAAGGAGGAUUUCUUCAAGCGUUUUGGGACCAAAUGCACGGCAUGCCAGCAGGGCAUCCCCCCCACCCAGGUGGUCCGCAAAGCCCAGGACUUCGUCUACCACCUCCACUGCUUUGCCUGUAUCAUCUGCAGCCGGCAGCUGGCCACCGGUGACGAGUUCUACCUGAUGGAGGACGGGCGGCUGGUCUGCAAGGAGGACUAUGAGACCGCCAAGCAGAAUGGUAGGCACCUUGAAAGGGCUGCCAGGUGGGGCAUCACACCAAGGGGUGGCCAUGGGUCACACAGUUGGCAUUGUGCCUAUGUGAAGGGGUUGCUGUGGGCUCCGGGGCAGGUGGUUUUGGGGAGUUGCUCCCCGGUGGUAUGGGCUGAUUCAAGGUUGCUCAUGCUGCUGUGUUUGGGGCUGGUCCUGGCUCCUUUGCUUGCAGAUGACUCUGAGGCGGGUGCUAAGCGGCCCCGGACCACCAUCACAGCCAAGCAGCUGGAAACCCUGAAGAAUGCCUACAAAAACUCCCCCAAGCCUGCCCGACAUGUGAGGGAGCAGCUCUCCUCUGAGACGGGGCUCGACAUGAGGGUGGUGCAGGUGUGGUUCCAGAACCGCCGGGCCAAGGAGAAGCGUCUGAAGAAGGACGCAGGGCGGCACCGCUGGGGACAGUUCUACAAGAGUGUCAAGCGGAGCCGCGGGGGCGGCAAGCUGGAGAAGGAGAGCUCGGCUGAGGACUGCGGCGUCAGCGACAGUGAGCUCAGCUUCCGUGAAGACCAGCUCCUCUCCGAGCUCGGCCACACCAACAGGGUUUAUGGCACUGUGGGAGACGUGGCGGGCGGACAGUUGCUGAACGGCGGCUUCUCCAUAGAAGGGACAGGACAGUCAUACCAGGACUUGCGGGACGGCAGUCCCUACGGUCUCCCACAGUCGCCGUCCUCCAUCUCCUCCUUGCCGUCCCACCCGCCCUUGCUCAACGGGCUGGACUACGCCAUGGACGGCAGCCUGGGGUUGGUGGCCCACGGGGCGCAGGGGGUGAGUCAGACGCUGCGAGCCAUGGCUGGGGGGGGCCCCACCUCCGACAUCUCCACAGGGAGCAGCGUCGGGUACCCAGACUUUCCUACCAGCCCAGCCUCCUGGCUGGACGACAUGGAUCACCCCCCUUUCUAAACGCUGCUCACCCCCCUGCCCCGGCCCCCCUCUCUCCCCUCCCCAGCCCGCAAGCCCAGCACCGAGGGCAUCCGCCGGCGGUUGACCUUUCCAGGAUUUCCCGUAGGAAUCAGCCCUGGAGGGCUGGGAGGUAGAGGAGGGUGGCAUCGGCGACUGCCGGGGGUGGCUGUGCUUGGGGUGGGGGGCACAGAUGCCUUUGGGUGUAAGCACAAGAGUGGUGUUGGCACAUGGGACGCACGGCGAGGACCUCGGCACAGGGCUAGGACUCGGCGGGAGGUGUGACGGCGGGAGGGAAGGACAAUCAGGGAUGGCAGAAUCCAUCCCGGUGCCCGCGCCAGCCCCGCACUCCUCUGGCCCAGCACCGCUGCUAUUUCCAAGUUAUUUUUCCAUAUGGAGCUGAAACGCGGCUUGGCCCUGCCCAGAGCCUCAGCAGAAAGAAAAGUCUAUAUUGUAGAAGGGUUUGUUUUAGGGAGGCUGGG